GGGCCCUGCCAAAGCACUCACACUCCCAGAGCCCCGGCUAGAAUGUUUGCUUCGUUUAUAGGCGUUCGAUUUUCGAUAAGAUAGCACCCACCAUUGGUGAGCGUAGGAUCCACCACAGAUACAGAUAAAGCAGUACUUGCCAGAAACCCAUGCCGGCCAGAAGUUGACACCUAGACACCGCGUCCCUAAAAAAAAUCCCCCAACAUGAGCUUGUCGGACGAACUCGGCGUGAUCGAGCAGCUGAAAAAGUCCGUGGAGACGAUCGUGGCCAAAACGGGCCCCAGUAGCCAGUUCUCCAAGGAUCUGGUCAAGCGUAUCGUCGACAUGCAGAACAAGCUGGAGUCCCUGGCCGAAACGGACCGGCAUCAGUUUCUGGCCGAGAUGAAGGACAAGUUCCAGGAGACGAUAGGCAGGAUCGAGGAGCGAAUAGUGCAGCAUGCCCACAUAGCGCAGACCUACUCCAGUUCCAUAGUGUCGGCGGUGAUCUUCCUCCUUGUCUCCAUAUUCGCUCUCUUUGGCUACAAGUUGUACAAAUCGCUGACGGAGAAGGAGCUCAAGAAGCAGGAGAAGCUCAAGAGCAAGCAGCAGAAGAAGGCCAAGAAGUCCAACUGAGGA